AAGGGGAAGAGUUCGUCGACGACGACACCGACGUCGGUGUCAGUGGAACAGGCGGCGGUGGAGGAAGACGCGGAGGCGGACGGAGGAGACGACCGGCAGCGAGACAGAGGAUUAGAGAGUGAACCAGUCGCCCUGCUGCCUUUCGUUUCUCCGUCGUUCAAACACGCUGCGCUCCACACGCAAAACUGCGUAGAGAUAUGCGUCCUAUUUCGUGAUUAAUUUCAAUGUCACAAUCAUCAAGAUAAGAUUAUUGAGCAUGAAUUCACAUCAGUCUACUUUAUAUACUUUAUAUAUAACACGUUGAAAAUCGCACUGAUGUAUGCAAGAUGUGAAAUGUUUAAGAUUCUCACAAAUAUCAUUUAACCUUCAGUCCUACUUGAAGCUCCAUUUUCUCUCGUCAAUACGUCACAAAUGAUUCGCAAACUAACAAAUUUCUUAUCACUGGGAUCGAGAUAAAAGAUAACAGUUCGAACCUCGAAUCGAAUUGCUCUGCAUCGAGGAAGAUCGGCGCGCAGUUUGGAGAGACACACGUUGUUCCGAUGAAAUAAACGAAGUGUUAAAAUCAAAUAGUUCCGAAGGGAAGUUCUGUGAAUGGUCGGUUCGGUACCGGAAGAGGAAGGGGUACUUUGCUGAUUGGCCCGCGGACUGUCAGCGAUUUGAAUACCACGUCGCGUUCCUCCGUUCGUGCUUUUCCUUUUUUUUUUUUUUUU